AUGGCCCUUGCUGCCCAGGACGCCGAGCUAUUCUUGCCCGGCAUCUUCGACGCGCGCGACCUCCCUCAGCACGUCGCCCACCUCAACAUCCCCGCCGUCCUCUCGCUCCUCUCGACCCUCGAACUCGCGCGCACCUGGGCCAUGGUUCUCGCAGACCAGUUCCUCGUGCACUCGCCGCACUUCGACCUCGUGCCGCGCGACGCCUCGUUCCUCGAGCGCCUCAUCGCCGACGACAUCUCGCGCGAGGGCGCUGUCCGCUUCUCGGUCGUUGACCUUGUCUGGCGCAGACGUAUCGUCGAGACGCAGCUCCGCGCAGGCCACCUCGACGAGGCCCAACGGUCCCUCACCGCCUUCUUCACCUCGUCCACCUCGUUCUUCCUCCAGGUGUUCGCCACCGAGCCUCCCGUCGCUCGCGAGCACCUCGAGACGUUCAGCCACGCGUACCAGGCCUACCACGACCAGUGCGUCAAGGCGCGCCAGGCCUACCUGCGCGACCAGGUCCUGCGCUGGCCCUUCACGGGCCUCAAGCACAACGGCAAGAUCGACGACGACGGCCAUGCCCUCAUGACGCUCCGCUGGGCCAAGAACGUCGUCCGCCUCGUGCGCAGGGUCAGGGACAUUCGCCAACGGUACGAGCAGCGCAACUUUGCGUCGCCCCUCAACUCGACGACGAGCUCGCCCCGAGGUCUCGCGACGGCGUCGGGCGCCCCGGCGGCGCCGUCGAACGCCAACAGCGGCAACUCGCAGGACUCGCUCCCGACGCCCGACCCGAGCUCGGACGGUGGUCGCGCGCCGUCGUCACGACGAGGGCAGCUGGCGACGAGCUUGCGCGGGCCCGAGGGAGGAGCAGGCGAGGUGGACGAGGUCAUGACCCCCGUACCCGCACCCGCACCCGCACCUGCACCGACGAUCGCCAUCGACUCGCCCGCAGCGACCUCCUCGACCCGCAAGCGCCAGCUCCGCGACAGCAGCGUGCAGACGACGCCGCUCCCGCCCUCGCACUCGCCACGCCGCUCGGCUCGCCUGUCGCCCUCGCCGCAGCCCGCCGACCUCGCGUCGCGCCGCCGCUCGCCGCGUGCUCGCACCCGCUCACCUGCCCCGCCGUCGACACCCGCCGCUCACCUCGCCGUGCCCGCGCCGGCAUCCGCCGUCGCCGACGACGCCGAGACGCAACCUCCGCGCAUCUCGCCGCCGAACCGCGCCGCGAGCGCCGUCAUCUCGAGCCUAAUCGAGCGGGCGGCGCAGGAGAACCAGGCGCGGCUGCGGCGGGACCGGCGCGCGACGACGGCGGGCGCACUUGGCGAGGGUGGACCUGCUGCGUCGGCUGCAGAGCCUCGGUGCGCGACCGCGGGCCCGGUCGAGGCGGACGAGGCGUGCACGAGGGAGAUCAAGCGCCCGAGGAGGUCGGCGCCGGCGGCGAGUUUCGCGCACGCCGACGACGCAGGCUUUGUCGGUCCCUCGACGUCGCCGCCGGCGCCGUCGUCUUCAAGGGCGCUCGGCCCGACGACGAGCGGGAUCCUCAUGCCGCCGCCGCCGUUGACGGCGCGCAGCGGUCCCGAGACGGGCCGAGCGGCCGACGCGGCGCGCAGCAGCGCCGAGGACGGCGCGUCGCGCGCACCGGCCGGGUCGUCCUUGCCGUCGUCGCAGGACGUCGUCCCGGCCACGUCGUCGCCGUCGCAGCCCGUGCCGACCACUCAGCCGCGCACGUUCCCCCACACCCAGCCCGCACCCUCUUCCUCCCAGCCCAUCUCGCCGAGCCAGCCCUCGCCCUCGUCCUCCACGGGCGCGAUCCCGCCCCUCCCGGGCUACACGGGCUCGACGGCGCGCUCGUCGCCGGGUGCGCCGACGCUCGAAGCGCCCGAGUCGGCGCAGGCGCAGGCACAUGUGCAGGUGCUCGGGCGACAUGACGGCGCCGCCGAAGAGGAGAGUUCGCUCGAGACGGUCGAGCCCUCGCCGCCCUCGCAGGCGCCCAUCGGCCACGGGCGAGCGGCGCUCGACGGCCUCGCGCCCGGCAAAGGCGCCGCAACGCGUCUCUCGAUGCAGACGUCGAGCGCAGGCGUCGGGGCGCCGAGCGCGCCGCGCGUACUCGUGCCCGACUCGCAGUCGAGCUCGGGGGCGCCUCCUCCGCCUCCCGCCGCCGAUGCAGCCCCUUCCUCGGCGCCGAGCUCGACGGGUCCAGCAUUCGCCGUCGCGUCCGUCGUCGUUGCUGCCGCAGCCGGCGCCGACAGCCAGGGCACGGGCUCGGGCUCCGGAUCGGGCACGAGCGGCAACUCGUCGAUCUCGUCCGCCGAGGCGCAGCGCCUCGUCGCCGCCGUCGCGCCGUUCGACGCGUACGACGCGCAGCGCGCUCGGGCUGUCGUCGAGCGCGAGCAGCAGAAGAAGGACGGCGAGGACCGCGAGGACGACGAGGCGCCGGAGCGCGACGACGAGUGGAUGAUGAGCCAGGCGAGCUUGGGUAUCCUCGACGACGACGACGACGACGACGACGAUGUCGAGGACGAGCGCGACGGCAACGGCGACGCGUUGCGCUCCGUCUCCGACAUCGACGUCGACGAGCUCGCCUCGGACGGCGACACGACCGACUCGCAGGCGUUCUCGAUCGGCGGCACGCAGCCGUUUACGCAGGCGCCGCCUCGAGGCGCAACGCGCGACGUGCACGAGCGUCGUCCGCGGCGCGUGAGCCUGAGCGAGGUCGAGAGCGAGGGCGAGGCGGACGAGGCGGGUUUCGAGGGAGGGAGUGGGGGCGGGACGGACGGCGCGACCGACGCGGACGAGAUGAGGGCCAUCGACGAGUUUGUCAGGAGGGACGCGCUCGAGUGAUGAAGCGAGUGCGAGUGCGUCCAGCAGGAGGGGGAGGUGGACGAGGCCGGUCUGGCGCUCUCGCAACGCAGCUCUCGUUAUUCUUC